AUGAAUAAUUUACUAUUUAAUCGAUGGACCUUGAGAUUUAGAAACCAAGACUUUGAAGAUUUGUAUGAAAUUGAGAUGAGUAAAUACAGGCUUCAUUAUUUUCGCAUCAUAGAGAUAGUCGUUAUGCUUUUAAGUUUCUACUUUUUUAUUAUUUAUUUGAUUGAUGGACAACAUUUGGUUUUGAUAAUCUCGUUGGCUGUUUUAGGUGCAUUUAUCUUAGGUGUCCUGAUAAUUACUAAAAUAUUUGACAAAAAGAUAAGAUAUUAUUACUUUUUUAUGUACCUAAUGUCUAUCAUCAUCAGUGUGUACAUAGCCACAGAGACUAAAUAAAAGGCUCUCUAUUUGUAUGGAUUUUACAGUGGGUCAAUUUCAGUUAUCCAGUAUCUCUUUAGCAGUUUUCGCUUAAGACUAUUAGCAUUUGUAAUUGUUCCUACAGUUUAACUAUAUAUAUUAGACGCUCUUACUAACUAAGAUUUCUCAUAUAUCAUCCUCAUGUUUGCAUCACAAUUUUUGGUUGUCAUAUACUCCCAUUACAAUGAAUUUAUGUUUAGAUUAGCGUUUUCUUACACCCAUCUGAAUGCUAAAUAUAGAGAACUACUAGAGGAAUAUGUACCACAUUCUUUCUUUGCAAUAAGUUUAAAUGAACACAACAAUUCCUUUUAACUAGAAUUCUUAAAUCAAUAGGCUAAGAAUUAAUUAAAUAUUGAAGAUACAAAGUCUAUGAUCGAAGUUUUGAGGAAUAUAUAGGUUUCACAUAAGAAUUAAAUACCUACAUUUGUGGAUUUGUCCUCUAUUCCAAUGCAAAAGUCAGCAGACUUGUCAGCAAAAAAAGUGUAAUAGAAGCGAUAAACAUUGGAAGAGUACUCUUUUUACAAAAUUAAACAAAAUUUAUCGAUAAAACACGAUGAUCUUAAACUUAUUGAGAAUUUGGAUGGAGUGUAUUUUGAGAACGAGAAGGAAAAAAAUAAAAUUCUCAGUAUUGAUAUUAGAUAACUUACAUACGGAAAGAAUUACCUUUUAUUUGUUUUAAAAGAAGAGAAGCCACAAUAAGUGAUGACUAAAAAUGAAGAACAAAUCAAAUUUCUCAAUAAAAUAAUCACUUCUGUGUCAAAUCAAAUAUUGGCAUUGCUAUCUAAUCUUUCGAGUGCCAUCUUGAAUCUGAAUUCUGUAGGCAAUGAUAAAGUAUGGUCUAUCAAAUGCUUAAAUCUAUCAAUAAUGAAUUAAUUUUAAAACUUUUACUAUUUUGUAAAUGCUUGUAGAAUAAACAAUGAUUCAGUAAGUUAUAAAGUUGUUAAUCUAAAGAAUUUUAUUAAAAAUUUGGAACCCUAUUUCUAAUAUAUGUCAGAUGCAUUGAAGAAAAAAUUUGUUAUCUAACUGUGUUUAGAAGAUUGCAAUGUCAAAAUCAAUUCUAAAUUUCUUUCUUAAAUAGUUAUGAAUAUUUUUGAAUAGUGUCUAGCUUAAGCAGAUGUCAAUACAAUUAUAACAUUAACUAUUAGAACAGAACUGAACUUAAAUCCGCUGAAACAAGAGAAUAUUCCUCUAGAAAAUAGUUGUAUUAAAGAGUUUGAUUUCAUAAAAAAAGUGGUCUUGGAAUCAGAAGAGAGUCCCACUAAAACAGAUUUUCAGAAAUUAAUCAAAUUUGAGUUCUCUUUUCUUACCGAAAGAUUUAUUGAACUUCAACCGUAAACUCAAAUUAUUCUAAAUCCUAAGUCUUUUGAAGACUUUCAAAGCAACAACAAUUAAGACUUCAUAUUAACCUACCCUAUAACUAAUUUUUUACUCAAAAAAAUAGGACCUUAUAAUUCAGUUCAGCAAUCUCAAAACGUGUAUUAUGAAAACAACUCAGUCUAAAAAGAUUUCAUGAAUGUGUUUCCUUCCAUGAUGGAUUUAAUCUAAACACACAAUGUGUAUUAAAAUAAACUAUCCUUCUAUAUCUACACUGAUCAAACCUAAUUAACUUAAUCAUUUAUAAAGUUUUUGCAUUAGAAAUCAUUUUUGGAUUCUUGA